AUGCAUGCCAAACUUCAUGGCUGGUUUGGGAUGAUUGCGUGUUAUAGAAGAAGGGUUUUUUCAGGGGACAAGAUUGUAGAAAGAGACCCAUUAAUGUAUGAAGUCACGGAUGAAAAUACUAAAUUUCAUUGGAAUGGGCCUGUUUUGGGAUGUAAUAUCUAUUGGGCUCCCAAUGUUGGACCAAGCCCAUUGAGCUUGAGCGGGUGGACUGCAGGUAUUACUAUGCUCCCGGACGCAGUGGAGUUCAGCUUGGUUAAUGACACGGUCUUACCCCGAGCGGACCCAAACCCAGUACCAGAAGCUAUUCGUUUGGCGGAUUUUAUUGUGGCAAUGGAGGUGGGCGGUUACUGUUCUGUGGACAGGACGAUGUGCGUGUGCUCUGCUAUGGAAGCUCUGGCAUUGGAGACUGUUGGGAAGUCUCUUGCUUUCGUUCUCAUGAUGGCAGGAUCACUGUUGAAUGAUGUUAGAUUAAUUGCAACAGAUGAAAGGUUUCCUGUUGAUGAACUUCACAAAGUGAAACGUCCUGAUCCUGAAAACAAAGAUUCUAGUGAUACAGAAGAUGACGAAGAUGAUGAAGAUGUCAAUGAUGAGGAUGAUGAUGAUGCUGGAGAUGAAGAUUUCUCAGGUGAAGAACUGGAUGAGGAAGGUGAUCCUGAGGAUGACCCCGAGGUAAAUGGGGGCGGAGGAAGCAGCGAUGAUGAUGACGAGGAUGAGGAUGACGAUGAUGGGGACGAGGAUGAUGCUGACGAGGAUGGUGAGGAAGAAGAAGACGAGGAUGAAGAUGAAGAGGUUCCGCAACCACCUGCAAAGAAGAGGAAGUGAUAGUAGCUCUAGGUUCCCUCCCAUGCUUUUUUUUUUUCUUUUUUACCUUUUGGGUCAUGAACUUUUAGUUGGGAGUGGUUAUUUAGCCUUCAGUCUGCAUAGAUCAGAAAGUUACCAUUGUUUGUUUUCCGAAUGAAGCUCUUUUCUUGUUACUAAUGAGAUAGCUGGUAUUGCAAAGUAUUUCAUCAUAUGAUGUUUAGCCUGGUGCAAUCUAUGAAAUAUUUUAGUUGCACUGUAA